AUGGAAUUGCAGGAUAUUGUUCACACCUACAACCCCUUUGCUUCUCAAUUUUUGAAAGUAUCUUCUAUGAUCGCUACUGGCGUUCCUAACAUAUCCUUAAACUUAAAAUCUACUCCAAAGAAUCGUGCCUAUAGCAUCAUAUUAGAUGGAACAUAUGAUGUGUCUAAAAAAGAAUGCAUAGCUUUGCUUGUACGGUAUAUAGAAGAUGAUCUGCAUCCACAUCCUGUAGAAAGGAUCAUACAUGUUUUUACAACAUCAGAAACCACUGGGGAAAAUAUAAAGAAACAUGUUUUUUCUAAGUUUAAUGAUCUUGGUCUUCCUCUUGAUUAUUUGGUUGAACAAAGUAUGGAUGGUGCAGGGAAUAUGAGAGGAGUAUACAAAGGAAUGCAGGCUUUAAUAUUGAAAGAGGCUCUAAAAGCCAUCUAUAUUUGGUGCCAUGCACAUCGGCUAAAUUUAGUAGUUGCCCAUAUAUCCAUUUUUACUCCCGCUGGAAUUAUGGAUAAUGAAAAAAUAGAAGGAUGGCAAAUAUCCGAAAUUUGUCAUACUUAUCAAUUGGAUGUCCAAAACAUUGUUGAUGAAUAUAAUGAUUUUCGCUCUUUAUAUUUGGAGUCUCAAUCAAUCAUUUUUUGCGAAGAUCAUGACGCGUUAUAUAUUGAUGAAAGUAUUGCAAACGAUCAAAUUACCAAAGAAAAUAUCAACAGCGAAAUCAUGACCAAAAUAAAAAAAUGGAUAAAAUUUUCUUUUAUAUUACCAUACCGACUUUUAAAUCAAUUAAAUUCUUAUUCUAAUUUAAAUUUAUUAUAUAAAUAUUUAUUAACCCUUAUAACUUCCUUUUCAGCCGAAUGA